AUGCAGAAAUCUUUGCGCUUAGACUACCUCGUGAUCGUAUACGGCAUAAUAGUCGUCGUUUGGGGAGUUAAUGGUCUAAACAUUACAGAAUGUAAUAAUCGCGAUGGAUUAAUAAACAAUACUCGUCCCAAUUGUAGCUAUGCCUACAUAAAUUGCUCUGGCCAGGACUCAUUGUUUUGCUCGGACAACAGGACUUGUAGUGCUAAUUUCACUUGCACUAAUUUGGACAUUUCCACUUCCACGGUUUCACCCAAUAUAACAACAACACCCGUAACACCAACACCGUCACCUACCGCCUCACCUUCGGAUGUGCGACGUCAGUGUCGUCAAGGUGUAACCAAAAGGUUUAGCUAUCCACAAAAUUGUAACUAUUUCUAUUACUGUGUGGACGGCUUUCUACUUGUGGAGCAAUGUCCCUUUGGAUAUGCAUUUGAUGCCGAAACUGGAGCAUGUGGUGGUCUUAUACGGAACAGCGUCAACUGUACAAUGAAAUAAAUAACUCUAAA